AUGUUUUAAGAUCUUAUAUUUACUUGCGAUGUAAGCAAUUUAAAAAACAAUUUGCCAAGACUUUUAUGUUUGUACAACUCAAAGUUAGUGAUUGGCAAAUAAAUAUUAAAUUAGAACAAAAAUGAACUUACAUAUGAAUUAAGAGAGAGAUCUAUUGACUUAAGUUCCUUUACAACUACAAUAAGUUGGAUAUUUUAGUAUUUAAUAUAUAUUUAAGAUUAGAGAAAAAGCAAUUUUGGGGUUUAAAGUUUCAUAUUAUUGCUAUGUUUAGAAUGCUUAAAAGUCAUUGAAUUAUUUGGGGGCAGCAGAUAAGAUGAAACAGUUAAAGAAGUUACUUGAUGGUUAAGCUUUGUACACUGACUUUAAUAAAGAUUAUUUAUUCACCAGUUGUUUAGUAUAAAAAGAGGACUUAGAGGUAUUAUUAUAUUUAACUUAUUAUUUUAGAUUUCUAAAUAUUUGCAAGUCGAGACCGGAGAAAUAAAAUUGAUUAAAAAAGUGAAAAUAAAGAUUAAUUAAUAAGUAUGAGUAUAUAAUUUAUUUAAGUUAAAACUCUAGCAGGAAAUUAAAAUUGUUUUGGCACUUAAUUACUAAAGGCAUAAAAAUAUCCUAGAGAUUGAUGAAAUUUAUAAGGAAUAAGAAGAAGUAAUAUUUAUUAUGAAGUACUGCAGAGGAGGAACUCUUUAUAAUUAUUUAAUGAAAAGAAAUUACUAAUUAGAAUAAACAGAAAUAAAAUUGAUUAUGAAGAAAUUACUUAAGGGAGUGAAACAUAUGCAUAAAUUAGGAAUUAUUCAUAGAGAUCUAAAAUUAGAUAAUGUGGUUUUUGAAUAGGAAAAUAAUAUAAAAUCAAUUAAAAUCAUAGAUUUUGGAUUUGCUGUAGAAUUAGGUUAUUAAAAUUUAGUUAGAUGUGGUACACCUGGAUACAUGGCUCCAGAAAUUUUAAAUUAAGAAGAUUAUAAUGAAUUAGUUGAUAUUUAUAGUUUAGGAAGCAUAUUUCAUUCUCUAUUGUCAGGUUAAAAAUUGUAUUCAGAAUAUUAAGAUAAGGAUCAUUUAAUACUUUUGAACAAGUUAAAUAAAUUUAGAGUUUCUACUAAGAUCAUAAAUACAGAAUAAAGAUAACUACUUCUUUUGAUGAUAGGACAUAAGAAGCAUCGGCCUUCAGCUUCAUUUUGUUUGAAUCAUUAAUUUUUUAAAAAGAAAUGUGAAAUAUCUCAUCCAAUAGAAAAUUAAGUAAAGCAAUUAUGUUUUCCAAAUCUAAAAAAUCCUUUUAGAAAACAAUCUUUAAUUGGUUGA